CGGGGAGAGACAGCACGGCCGCGUCACUGCUGUUCGCUCGCGGGGAAACCGACAAGCUGAAAAGGGCUCGAGGACACAAUGAACUCGCCAGCGGAAGGAGUUUAACGCACCGGAUCUUUGAUGAACACGAAAUACAAGGGGAAAAGGGAGGAGGCUAUGCCGUUUCGACUUUUCUUUACCACCAUUUGAUUAACCAUGAUGAAGACUGAACCCCCAUCUGCAGCCAGCGGCACAACAAGCACCACGCUCGGCGCUCGGAGCGCAUCGCCACACAGGAAUGCAUACGAGGCAGGAAUUCAGUCACUUAAACCAGUCAAAGACCCUGAUGCUGCAAACGGUGAGGAUGGCAAAGAGGGGAAGUCACGACCUAUCGGACGGGGUCGCAGGUACGGCUCCAAUGUCCAUCGCAUCAAGAACAUGUUCAUGCAGAUGGGCUCCCCUGGGGACGAAGAAGAUCCGUCAAAGAUGAAAGACCAGGCAGUGCGCCUCUCCUUGCCAAGAGCCAGCAGUCUUAAUGAGAAUGUAGACCACAGCGCCCUUCUCAAGCUAGGUGGAACUGUUUCUGAACGUGUGAGUCGCUUUGAUGGAAAGCCUGAUGGAGGAGGUGCCCGUGGACCUUCGUCUGGCUUCUCUAAACUACAGGAGACACGCAAGAUUUUCGAGCAGCGCACCAUGCAGGAGAAGCAGGCUGCUACCAACCGCAUCCUCCUGAAGAAGGAACGUGCCUCUGGCUUCCAGGACAGUCGUCUGGAUGUUGUCGUACGAUUCAAUGGCAGCACAGAAGCCCUAGACAGACUGGACACAGAAGUUGGGCCUGUCGAGGCAGUGUCUCCCACUGUUAGUCAGCUGAGUGCUGUGUUUGAGAAGGCAGAAUUGCGGAACAAUCUCCAUCGGCCGUCUUCAUCUUCACUUACGCCCUCUCGCCCCAAAGUCAUUCCAAAAAAGGUGCGAACAUUCUCUCAAUCAGGAAGCCAAGAAAAUGAAUUGCUGGCUAAUGAACAAGAAGCAGCCCCUAGAAGUCCAAGGAGAACAGGAUCCCAAGCUAACGCAACAAGCAACAAGCUAUCAGCAGAUGAGUCUCUUUUGUCUGCAGAGCCAAAUGCAAAGCAGUCAAAAGAAUUCCAAGACUCUACUGGAACUAGUACAGAGUCCAUACCUGGGGAGCAGGAUGCUGCUAGCCAGGAAGCAGGGAGCAGAUUGGUGCAUGCGGAGGUUCACGCUUCCCUUGAAAAUGGGGAGGCUGAAAACAGUCACGAGGCUGUUGAGCAGAGAGAUGAGUGCAGGCUGAACCAAGGAGACACCUCCGCUCAAAAGGAGGAGGCGGGAGAGGAAGAGACCCUAAAGGAGGAUUAUUCAGAAGCUGACCUGAUAGACAUCAGUGCCUACAGUGGUGUAGGUGAGGACUCUGGUGGGAGUCAGCUGGAUGAGGACGAAGAGGCUGAUGAUGAUGAGGCUUAUGAACCGGAAUCUAGCUGCACAGAGAUCCCGGGACUGCCGAAUGAGGAUGAACCUCCAGCCAGCAGGAAGAUCCGUUUCAGCAGUGGGCCGAUUAAGGUGUUCACCACGUACUCCAACGAGGAUUAUGACCGGCGCAACGAUGAUGUCGACCCUAUGGCAGCCUCAGCCGAGUACGAGCUGGAGAAGAGAGUGGAGAGGCUGGACCUUUUCCCCGUAGAACUGGAGAAAGACAACGACGGCUUGGGGAUCAGUAUCAUCGGAAUGGGCGCUGGCGCAGACAUGGGUCUGGAGAAACUUGGAAUCUUUGUCAAGACGGUGACAGAGGGAGGAGCUGCUCAUCGUGACGGAAGGAUCCAAGUGAACGACCUGAUAGUUGAGGUUGAUGGCACUAGUCUGGUGGGUGUGACACAGAAUUUUGCAGCAUCUGUCCUGAGAAACACCACCGGCACUGUCAAGUUUAUCAUCGGCCGUGAGAAGCCGGGUGAGCAGAGCGAGGUAGCUCAGCUGAUCCAGCAGACGUUGGAGCAGGAACGCUGGCAGAGGGAGAUGAUGGAGCAGCGCUAUAACCAGUACAUGGAGGAGGAUGAAGAGGCGGGUGAGUAUGGCACAGAUGAGGAUGAGGAGAUGAGCCCCAUGUUCCCUAAUGCUAUCGAGGUGUUUGACUUGGCUGAGAGCGAGGACAUGCUCUCUCCUGUGGAGAUGGACCCAGAGAAACUCACUCACAAGUUUAAAGAGCUCCAGAUAAAGCAUGCAGUGACCCAGGCUGAGAUCCAGCAGCUGAAAAGGAAGCUGGCUCAUGCUGAGCAGGAAAAACUGCGUUGGAGGAUGGAGAAGGCCCAGCUGGAGCAGACUGUCAGAGAGACGAAGGAGCGCAUGGAGAAGCUCGAAGGCUACUGGAUGGAGGCUCAGAGCCUGUGCCAGGCAGUGGACGAGCACCUUAAAGAGACACAGGCACAGUACCAGACACUGGAGCGCAAAUACAGUAAAGCCAAGCGCCUCAUCAAAGAGUAUCAGCAGAAAGAGAUUGAGUAUCUGAAGAAGGAGACAGCGCAGAGACGUGCACAGGAGGAAUCAGAAGCUGACCACAAGGAGGAGACAGACAACCUGCAGGAGAAGGUUCAGUAAUAACACUGUGGCACUAAGCGUAGCUGCGAGAGUGCUGCCUUACCGCUACAACAGCUACAAAGGUGAGCAGAUGGGCUUAUAUACAUACGUCCAACAAUUUUUUAAUUAUUGGUCACUCAAAAGAGAUAAUUAAUAUUUCUCCGGAAUUUCAAAUGUACUGUAUGUUAAAAAUUCAGUGACUAUUCAGUGGUCAGUAAGGACAAACCACUGCCAGGUGUGUUCUUAUAUUAAUAUCUGCUCACUUAUGUGUUGUAGCUGUUAUACACUUCUAUGUUGUGAGGUGAAGUCCAGCUAAAAAGACUGAAACAGCUAAGAUAUAACCUUCUGAAAUCUCAGCUGCUUUAUUGUGAGCUUUACACAUUUAUAAAAGGCUGUUUUUUGGUGUUGGUUCUUCUUUAGAUCACUGACUUAGAAACGAAGGUGGGUGCAUUGAAGAGCUCUGAGCCCUCCUAAAUCUGCACAGGAACUAGAGAGAAACGAGGGAGCGAGCAGGAGAAAAGUCUUUCAGCCCUGGACGUCCCUCCUUCCUGCAUGAUUUCCCCUGUGGCAUGCAACAAUGGACAAGCAAAAGAGUUCAAGAAACAUUAAAGGGAUGUUACUGGGGGGAAAGGGGCGUGACAGAGAACUCACAAAGUCCUGCCAGACGUGUGGCACAGGCCUGCUCACCUCUACUCUUCAUGACAACCCAUGUAACGUAGGACGUUUUUUUGCUUUCAAACAGUAUUUGAUUGUUUUGGGGUUUUUUUUUUUUUUGGUUUUUUUAACGACCCAAUAAAAACAUUACACAUGCUUAGUUUUGGCAACUCAGCACACUUGAGUGACACACGCCACCUGGACCUGGUGCCAAGUGAACUGAAGAAAGGAAAAAUCCAUGCGAGAGACUUUUGAGUUUCACUUUUUUUUCCAUCACCUGUGUGCAGAAUGAGAUGCUGUGGGUUUGUACAGCAGUGUCAGAACAUUUGAUGGUGUUUGUAUAUAAUCUUCGAUGUAUUUAAAAAUACCUAAGCAAUGAGCUGUAAGGGAACCUGGAACAGACAGGGUGGAGGAUGCAGUUUGUGGGAGGGGGUAAAACCAGGGUGCAGAUAACAGGUAACAGUAAAAUUGAAGGUAAACAGAUUUUCCUAGUUCUAGACUGGCGCAGGUGAAGACGUGUACUCAUUUCAUGCAUUUGUUUUUCCAAGCAAAAUGGCAAACAGGGUGUGAGACUUGUGUAAGUCGACCUUUCAAUGUACCUUCCAAGACUUACAUUUCACACUUUGCUUUCCCCUGGACAGUAUUACUGGAAGUGUGUUGUGUGAUUCAGGCAUCUGGGUCGCUGUCUCCUGCAUUUCUCAACGCAUCAGUCACUAUCAGUGUAUGAAUGACAAAGAGAAGCCUUUGUGUGCUUAAUUCUGUCUUUUUAUUUUUUAGCUCUGCUCACCAGAUAUUUCUUGCACAGCCUCAGAUGACAGUGCAGUAAAUGGCAGCAUGUGCUGAAUUAAUGUGUUAAAAUCCAGCAUUGAUGCUUCAUCAUCACUUCUUUAGGUUGUUUGUUAAUCCAGGCGGAAGAUUAGAUUUUUUUGAUUGUUCAAAAAUCCCUAACAAAUAUCCCAAAGUUUUCUGUAGUCAUUUGUCUUAAAGCACAUUAUUGGGUGACUACAGUGUAUUAUUCUGUAAAAGGAAAUGCAUGUAGUUAUGAGAGUCAGGAACUGAAAGCCAGAUCUGCUGAUGGAUCCUGAGAUUUUUCGGGGUUAAAUAUUAUUUGAUUGAAAGUAACCGUCUUAUUAUUGUAAUGGAAACCAUACAUUUGCAGAUUUUUAGCUUUUGCUGAUGUCUUAUUGGUGUGCAGCUUUUUUUUUUGCUACUUGACCUCAAGCGAAUUUUAUUAUUGUAUUCAAUCAAAUGUUAUAAAUUGGGGAAACUGGAAUUUAGAUGAAAUACAGCUUUUAGGUAGACACUGGCCUUUAAUCUGAUUUUGGACCAGCCUCCUCAGACGAGAUCACAACUCAGCCGUAGCAUUAAAGGAUCAUUCUGGUAUUUUUGAACAAAUAUUUGUUUUAACAGUAAGGGCAUUCUGACCAGGUGGCAAACUCCAGACGUUUUCAUGCUUUUUUUUUUUUUUUUUCCUUUUUAAAAUUGAAGACAUGUCUGGAGAAACAUCAACCUGCAAUUACUUUGAGCUGUAUGCAUUUAGUUCAAAACUCCCGGUGUAAUCCUUUAAGGACUGGUGUGGAGUCUGCUGGAGAUUUUCUCUCUGUUUGCAAUAAGAAAGAGGCUCAGCUGUUGCUAUAUGUUUAUUCUCAGUUUCAGUUAAAGGUAUUGAAACUUAAUUCUGGAAAGACAGUAUUAGUUUGAGCAGAUUGAAAAUGCAUCAUGCUGUAGUUUCCAUGGCUUUCUCAUGUAUGUAAUUUAAUUCAAUCCAUUGCUUCCACUUGCUAUGUUUUGUGAUGAUAAAAAAAAAAAAAAGGUCUCUUACGAUGCAGUAUUGAAAGCGACGUCUUGGGUUUUAUUCAACCUUUUAACAGAUAUUUUAGCGAUACAACAAUUAUUACUCUGCAACAAUAUAUAAUGGGCUUUGUUAUUGUCAGUAGAGUAUAAAUAGAGUUUUUUUUUAUGUGUGGAAAUAGAAUCUCUCAUCCUUCACUUGGAUCCAAUUUGAAGUUUGUGCAAAUAUGCAAGAAGAAUUGUAAUAGCACUGCGAUAGUCCAGGGUCUGUACGUAUCAAGCGUUCCGCUCAGCCAGGUAGAAAUGUAUUCAUCUUUACGACAAGCGGAACUCACCGUUAAGUAAAGCAGCGCUUUUUCUCGUGUGAGGUUUGAUACAUAAAUACAAUCCCUGAACUACCUCAGGUCCUUCCCAUUUGUUUUUCUAGAUUUAUUUUUAUUUCUUUCCAUUUGUUGUUUUUUCCCCUCUCUGCUCUUUUAAUAUUUUUGCACAUAAACAUCAUUCAUUAACUGGAAAAAAGUGUAAAUGCAUUGUAACGAGUGCUACAUGCUACAGUGGGUUUUAUUUGAUGACAGUCAGCAUGAUGGAAGCUUGUCUCUGCUUCAGCUGUGCAUCUGGGCCAUUACAACCUCUGUAUGAUCCACUCAGGUUGUAUACACGCACACACACAUACACAAUCACACACACAUACACACACACACGGACAGACACGCACACAGGACUCCUUUCUUGCGAUCACGUUCUAGGAGGACAAGUAUUUUACUGGCACGAGGAUUCGCUCCGUUCUCGACCGUGUGACUGAAUCAGCAGAUAAGAAUCGUGUCCCUGUUCAUUUCCGGUCAACUUUUGCCUUUUGAUAAAUGUGAUUACUGCAACAGGACCUGAUCGUGUACCAGAAUUCCUGAUGGAUGAGCCAGGAAAGAUCGCAGCGCUAUGCGGACGAAUCACAGCGGGACAAGCUACAUGCUGAGUGAUUAUCAGAGCACUGAAACACUAGAGAAACAGUCACAACUUACAUUCCAUUUGACUUGCUUUCUGUGGACAUUGUAGCCUUCUAUAAGGUUCACUUACUUCUGUGUACAGAGAGGAACUCAUUCCUCAUGCUGGUGUAAGGGUGUUACUCAUUUUAACGUGAACUAAAACUUGACUCCAUUC